CCGGAGCCCGCGGCGGGAGCGGUGCCGUACCUGGAUAUGGGCGAGCUGCGCUCUCUCGCCUGCGACGCCCUCCUGCAGGAGAGCUUCUACCAGAAUAAGAAGAGGCCGUUCCUCUACCGCGAUCAGGACCAUACGCCCGGCCCGUUCCUUACGCAGCUCGUUUCCACCCUCGCCGCUUUCCUGUGCGGUCGCAACCCGCUGCUGGCUGCCUCCUCUCUUGAUCUAAAACCUGAAGUUAACUAUUACUGGCAUCAUGGUGAGGAAGUUGUUGUUCAUGGACAUCGAAAGGGUAGAGUUGAUCCUGUGCGAUUUCAGAUAGAUGAUAAACCGCACCUCCAGAUCCGUGUUCCAAAGCAACUUCCAGAGAUUGUACCUCUGGAGUCAGAUCUUGGAGAUGUUCCUGUUGUUGAUCACAAACCAUCCAAACUGCCGUUGUUCAAAAAGCAGUAUGAAAACAAGGUAUUUAUAGGAUCAAAGGUAGCAGAUCCAUGCUGUUAUGGACACACCCAGUUUCAUCUUAUUCCUGAUAAACUAAAAAGGCAGAGGUUUGUAAGAGCACAUCUUGAGGAUCAGAUUGAAGUUGUUUAUCGAGCUAAUGGUAUUGCAAGUCUCUUUGCCUGGACAGCAGCACAAGCAAUGUAUCAAGGGUUCUGGAAUGAAGCAGAUGUGACCCGCCCUUUUGUAUCACAGGCAGUAGUGACUGAUGGAAAAUACUUUGCUUUCUUUUGUUACCAGCUAAAUACUUUAGCACUAACUGUAGAAACUAUUCAGAAUAACCCUCGGAAGAAUAUUUGUUGGGGUACAGACAGUAAGCCAUUGUAUGAUGUUGUGGAAGAUGGUACUGUGAAAGGCUUUAAUGAUGAAGUUCUACUUCAGUUGGUUCGUUUUCUGUUAAACAGACCAAACCAGCUGUAAAUCAUUAGUGUUCCUGUUUAUGUGCCUGAACUUCAUUGUAACUCCAUGAAGUGUGGGCUAGAAUGCCUUGUUCUUAGCCAAGUAUUUGUCUAGCAAACACUAUAUGCAUCUUUCAUGAUAUUUGGGUCUUAAUUCUUUAUUUUAAAUGUAUGAUUCUGUACACUGAAAAAUAAAUCUCUAGAAUACCUUAAUGUCUUUUGU